GGCGCAUGGCAAGAAUACAUUAUGAGCACCGGAAGAUAAAAUGUAUCGAAUAAUUUGACCGAUGGACACAAAGUUAAUAUUUUCUAACACACGAACCCGGGUUGCUGAUAGGCUCGAAUAACCUGCCUGAUUAAGUCGGCUUGCCAAAAGCAGGGCUUUUCUCAGUGUAGCUAUAUUCUCGCUCGCUUGUGGUACAGAAGUGCUGUUUUGCCUUCUCCUUUUAAAAAAAAAACAAAACACUCCCCUUAGGUCUUUUAUUGUAAUCAGCUCUAUUAUGUUAAAAACAGCCAGGUUCACGAAUGAGCUAAAAGCGCCUGCGCUCCCCAUGUGAGCCCUCACAUUAGGCGCUGUAUUAAAGUUGAACUUGUGUUUGGACGCUUAUUACGAAGAUGACUGAGACAAGAGAAGAGCGUCGCUUCGCAGAAGUAUCUCGUGACUCCAUCAAGCUGAUGGCUGAGAGCGCUGGUGUUGAGAUUGGGGAUGAUUUAGCCUCGAUGCUCUCAGAAGACGUGUGUUAUCGCCUCAGAGAGGCAGCACAGAACAGCUCACAGUUUAUGAGACACGCCAAGAGACGAAAACUGACUGUAGAGGACUUUAACAGAGGACUGCGGUGGAGCAAUACAGAGGUUGUUUGUGGCUACGGUGCCCAAGAUGCUGUACCGUUCCGGCCUCUAAAAGAGGGCGAGCUUUUCUUUGUUGAAGAUCGGGAGGUGAAUCUGGUAGAGUUGGCUCUUGCCACCAACAUUCCCAAAGGUUGUGCUGAGACGACAGUGCGAGUGCACGUGUCUUAUCUCGAUGGAAAAGGAAAUCUGGAACCUCAGGGCACAGUCCCUAGUGCUGUGCAGUCUCUGUCAGAUGACCUCCUCAAGUAUUAUCAGCAGAUCACUAGAGCCAUUUUAGGAGAAGAUCCACAUCUUAUGAAAGUUGCUUUAAUGGAUCUUCAGUCCAACUCUAAGAUUGCUGCUCUUCUGCCUUAUUUUGUUUACGUCAUCAGUGGGGUGAAGUCGGUAAGUCAUGAUCUGGAUCAGCUGAACCGGCUGUUGCACAUGGUGAAGAGUCUGGUUCAGAACCCAUAUCUGUAUCUUGGCUCGUAUGUGCGCAGUCUGGUCUCCAGCGUCAUGUAUUGCAUCCUGGAGCCACUUGCUGCCUCUAUUAAUCCACUCAACGACCACUGGACCCUGCGGGACUACGCUGCUCUGCUUCUCAGUCACAUUUUCUGGACCCAUGGUGAUCUGGUGAGUGGACUGUAUCGUCAGAUUCUGUUGUCACUGCAGAAGGUCCUGUCAGACCCAGUGCGUCCUCUCUGCUCGCACUAUGGAGCGGUGGUCGGUUUACAUGCUCUCGGCUGGAAGGCUGUAGAGCGCGUUUUAUAUCCCCACCUGCCUGCAUACUGGGCGAAUCUGCAGGCCGUGCUGGACGAUUACUCUGUCUCGAAUGCACAAGUAAAAGCAGAUGGGCACAAAGUCUAUGGAGCAAUUCUUGUGGCAGUGGAGCGUUUGCUAAAAAUGAAAGCUGUGAGUUUAACUGCAGAAGGGAGUCCUGCUGCUCUUCAGAGUUCUGGGGGUGGAGGGAUGUGCUUUAGAGAAAGCUCACCAGGCCUCAGUCCACCUCCUGAACCCCUCUCUGAAGCCCCUCUGGGUAUUGCAAGCCACUUGCAGGCAGCAGGAACAGGAUGCCAGUGGGAAGACUGGACCCCUGUCUCACUACCUGCUAUGUACUGCGAACUCUACUCCUUCUUUGGGGAUAGUUUGGCUGUGCGUUUUAGCACAGGUCCUGCAUUAGGCAGUGCACCAGCUGCAGCUCCAGUGCAACCUACUGAUGCACGAAAAGAGUCAGGGAGUGGCACAGGCAGCAUGGAAAGCACACGCAAGAUGCCACAGCUCACUGCCAACAUGAACCUCAGUCCCAGACCAGAUGGAAGCCCACGUACUGAGACUGUACCACCUACUCUAGGUGCUACAGCAUCAGGGAGGUCUCUGGCUCGUUCGUCUUCCUCUUCCUCAUCCGCAGCCCCUCGUUCGAGGUCCUCCUCCCGUCCAGGGCGUUCUGCCAGCCAAUCUAGAGACAUCUUCCCAAAAGCUCGCUUCCUGCCUUCCCAGUUGGGGCCUCCAGCCUUCUCCUUUUUGAUUGGUGGCCGUCAGAUGGGCCGGCGAUGCCAGGGUCGACGUUUCCAGACGAGCUUUACUCCAACUUCAUCCGUCAGCUCCCUUCCUCCUCGGGCCUAUGCCCACAAACUACCGGUUAUCGGGAGAGUAAGCAAACCAGUUAGACGCUGGACCUGCUCUCAUUAUUCACUGUAUCUGCCUCUUUAAUGCACACAGAGAAACUGGGUUGGCUGGUUGUACCAUGUAACCAGCUACAUUAGCUUCCUCAUGAACCUUAUAAUUUAGAUUUAGAACAGCUGCAAAACUGAAGGUUGACCGCAGCCAUGUUUUUCUCAAUACACACCAGAAACUAACACCAGCUCUUUGAUUUCUUUUUGAAAUACCAUUUUGUUGAAUGUUUUGUAAGUGGAUGUUAUGUAAGUGGAAAAUUGUAAAAUAAAGCCAAGCAUCUGGAAGCCUA